CUGGGGUAUUCAAAUAGAUCGAUCAAAGCUGCCAAGUGUCUACAACAUAAAUUCAAUUCCUUUCUCACAGCAGGAUUAAACUUUUCACUCAUACUUACUUACUGUCUGUCCUCUUCAUGAUUAAUUAGUUCCUCCUCCUGGAAUUGAGGGAAAGGGAAUUUUAAAGGGACGCUGGCAGUUCUUAUUCUUAUUUUUGCUUCGUUACAAAAGAAUAAGGAUUGGGUUGGUUAGAAAAGGUUUCGAGGUUAAGCACAAUGCAUUUCUUUAAAGCAUCCCUUACAUCGGCCGCUGCAUUCUUUGCAUACACCCAAGCUACAUAUCUUAACAACGAUUUGAGCUUUGGUCACGAUGGAAAGUAAGUUACCUCCAAUCCUCAAUUGUCUCGAUCAAAGAUAUUAAAAAUGAUAGGAUUUCACCUAAUGGUCGCGCCAUUCCCAAUUUUCAUUUGAUAGGACAGCCAAACUAUCCAGAUAUCCUCAGUAAUCGAAUCGUUCUUACACCACCUGCAUUGGGAAAUCAAAGAGGAGCUGUAUGGACGGAAAAGAAAUUACAACAUUCACAAUGGGCUGCAGAUAUUGAGUUCCGUGCUACUGGUCCGGAGAGAGGAGGUGGUAAUCUGAAUAUCUGGUAUGCUAAGAAUGAGGAUAUCAAGGUAUCAAGCAUAUAUACGGUUGGAAAGUUUGAUGGAUUAGCUUUAGUUGUUGAUCAAUAUGCUGGAUCUGUAUGUCUCUUUCUUUGCGACUAAACCUGCGCAAAGUGCUAACGGAUAUUAGGCUGGUUUUAUUCGUGGAUUCCUUAACGAUGGCACAACUGAAUAUUCUUCUCACCAUUCAGUCGACUCUCUCGCAUUUGGUCACUGCCCCUAUUCCUACCGAAAUCGAGGCACUCCAUCCAAAAUUCAUAUUCGUCAAACUGCCAAUAAUUUCAAAGUCGAAGUUGAUGGUGCCCUAUGUUUUCAAUCUGAUAAGAUCAAGCUGCCAUUAGGGUAUAUCUUUGGAGUAACUGCCGCCUCUGCAGAAAAUCCAGAUUCUUUUGAAAUCUUUAAAUUUGUCGUCACCACCGAUUCCCAUACUCCUGAUGAUCAAGUUCAAAAUCCUGCGAACCAAAACCAACAACAAUUCCAAGCUGCCAAUAAUCCUCCUCAACAGCAAAACCAACAAAACCAACAAAACCAACAGCAAAAUCAAGCAGGAGCGACCCUAGAUAUUCCUGGUGAAACAUCUGCUUCCGACUACAAAUCCUCGGAUGCUCAAUUCGCAGAUCUUCACAACCGUCUUCAAGCAAUGAUGAAACACAUUACAGCUUUAAAUCGCGACUUCUCUCAAUAUCAAGUCAACUCGAUUGCUCGUCUCGAAUCUCUCAAUGGAAAUAUUGCUUCCCUCACAAACACCAUCUCCCGUCUAGAAUCCUCAUUAUCAAAAUUAGAUUCCGUUUCAGCCUUGGAAAGAAAUUUGAGAGAUGUAGCGAAUGAUGUUAAGAGUACCAAAAAGGAAUUACACGAGGCCUUAGAUAGACAUGUAUUAAGUUUGAAGCAAAGAGUUGCAGAAACUCAUGGAAGUGUAUUAGGUACGGUAGGAGAGGGAUUUAAAGCUCAUCAGUCGGGUAUUGGAUAUGCUGGAUUAGCAUUCAUAGUUGUGGGAAGUCAGAUCGGUAUGAUUGUUGCAUAUGUGUUGUAUAAGAAGAGAAAGAAUGGUGGUCAUAAGAAAUAUUUGUGAGGGGUGGCCGAGAGGAAUAGAUGAAUGAAUUGAGGCGUGUUUGUAUAUUAUAGUAUAGAUUAUCAAUGAAGAUAUAUUACUUAUUAACU